UAGCAUUAGCUAAUUUAUGUUUUCUCAGGUGUUAGGCGGCGUUCUGWUCUAGAUGUCCUUACGACAGACUAGGGCUUCAGAAGGUUACUAUUUUAUGUCAGAAGGUGUUUUAAUGGUGAAUUCUGUAAAUACAUCUAGGUUUGCUGAGUUGUCGUACCCACCGACCCCCGGUGUGAAACCACUGCACAAAUAGCUUAGCUAACUUAGCUUAGCUCCGUUGUCUUGUCUGACUAAAGUGUAUUUUAUUGUGCCACAAUAGCUGCUUUGAUAGCUGUACCUCAAGUGGUCCUGCGCAGAGGGUUGUUUGUUUACCCACCGUUUUGUAAAUCUGCUGUAAAGUUAAACUCAAACUUCUGUYCUAACUAGCUCGGUGGGCGGCUGCGCUGCUCAUUUAGGCACCGCCGAAGUCCGUUCAUCUGAAUAGUUAAUUCAGUCUAGACACCUAGCUGUGUUUUUUUCAGCAGUGCGCACAGUCAGCAAAUUAAACCUUUUGGGUGGCAUUGAGCAGCAUUGCACCUAAAAAAAGACGCGCAUUGCAGGUGCGCUGCAGUGACCCUGGAAAAGCCUUGUAUCUUUGCUUUGUCAGUGUGGGCGAUCCGGGACGGGCGGGACAUUCUGAAACCUGACAUCUAGCCAGCCGAAGAGACGGGGAACAGGAUUGGGAAGCAGGGCGAGGCGGGCCCCGCGGAGCCGGUGGAGAAGAUGGCCGGCAGCCCGGAGAAGAGUUCCACCGCGCAGGAGCUGAAGGAGCAGGGGAACCGGCUGUUCCUCUGCCGCAAGUACCAGGAGGCUGCGACCUGCUACAGCAAAGCUAUUAACCGUAAUCCAUCAGUGGCAGUGUACUACACCAACAGGGCUCUCUGCCAUGUGAAGCUGCAGCAGUACGACAAGGCUCUGGCAGAUUGCAAGCACGCUCUGGAGCUGGACAGUCAGUCGGUCAAGGCCCACUUUUUUCUAGGCCAGUGUCACCUGGAGCUGGAGAACUACGAUGAGGCCAUCGGCAACCUGCAGAAAGCUUAUAACCUGGCAAAAGAGCAAAGGAUGAAUUUCGGAGACGACAUACCCAGUGCGUUGCGCAUUGCCAAGAAAAAACGCUGGAACAGCAUCGAGGAGAAGCGCAUCAACCAGGAGAAYGAGCUGCACGCGUAUCUGACCAAACUCAUACUGGCUGAGAAGGAAAGAGAACUUGAAGAGUACAGAGAAAAACAGGAUGACAAUCAAAACACAGGAGAUGCUGCAAAGAUCGCAUCAAAACAUGACAAGUAUUUAGUGGACAUGGAUGAGCUGUUCUCCCAAGUGGAUGAAAAAAGAAAAAAGCGUGAGAUCCCAGAUUAUCUUUGUGGGAAAAUCAGUUUUGAGCUGAUGAGGGAGCCCUGCAUCACACCCAGUGGAAUCACCUAUGACCGCAAGGACAUCGAAGAGCACCUACAGCGAGUGGGUCACUUUGACCCGGUCACCCGGAGUCCCCUGACCCAGGACCAGCUGAUCCCGAACCUGGCGAUGAAGGAAGUGAUMGAUGCCUUUAUUCAGGAGAACGGCUGGGUGGAAGACUACUGAAGGGACUUUUUUUGUUUCUCAUUCAGUAGUCAACGCAGGACCUGGACCAGAAUAAAGAGAACAGAUCACCCUUUUUGCCUGGAUGUGAACUUUUACACGAGCCACACAGAUGGACCACCAAAYGGGAACGAAUAGCCUCGACCUGCCUCGUUCCAACGGUUUGAUUUCUUCUUCACCUGCUCCAGCUCUCAGAGGCUCGCUGUUCAUGGCCUGUCGCUCCCUUUAAGACCGCGUUCGCUCUGCUCUUUCCAAUCCUCUUCUCUGUUUUCGGUCGUUCAAGCCUGAAUCCUCCCGUGCUUCGUAUGGGAGGCCUCGCUCUCAGGUCUCUGACGCACUCUGCCUGCUUUCUCUGUGUCUCUCGUUCUCUGGGUGCCCCAGUUCUUGGGGCAACAAAAGUUAAUAUCGCACUCCAGUGUUUCACAUGUACCAACGAUAUAUAUUUAUACACGCAUAUAUAUAUAUAUAUGAAGACAAUAAUGCAAGCACACGUUUUGCUGGUGGAAUUUAUGGAAACAUUGGCCUUUUUCUUUGAUAUUUCAUAAAGUAUUUCUCGUAGUUUUGCAUUACAAAUGGAGCGUUCGCCCAUCUGUUCAUGUGUAGUUGUUGAAGUGGUCACUAAAAAUGCCAAAAACAAAACUGUUUUCAUCAAAAAGUUACUUGUUUGUAUGAGAGUUUUACAACGCUAAAAGAAAAAGGAGCAGGCUCUGUUUUCUGCCUGCUGGUGGCUUUUCAUACGUCCCCAUCCUUGUCACGUUACUGUCCGCCUUUGAGUAGAUUUUCUUUCCCUUUGCAUAUCAAUCACYCCCCCCCCCACAGACAAUUGCGAUAAGUUGAAUGUAUGUUUUUUUUUUUAACUUUAGGGUUGACCCUCAGUAAUUCAAGAUGAUUUUUGAAAAGCCUUGAACUGGAAACAGAACAUAAAUGGCUGCAUAUAAAAAAAACAGUUUUCACAUUGCUGGAUCUGAAUUCAGAAUACUUUAAGCGUGAGAGUCGUGAGACAUUUGCUGUUUUGGCUGCUGCUAAAACCUGCUUCGACAAAACGGUCUGUGCUGUCUGUGUUGUUCAUAAGAGCAAAAGAAAAAAAAAAAGGAAAAGAGAUGUUUCGUGCCCCUCAUGCUGUUUGCCUGGAAUGAAAGCAGACUCUCACAUCAAGCAUGAAUUGAAGUUUGAAGAUGCUUUAGCAUUUUUCCUCACCUUUUUAGUUGUUUUAGUUUUCGCUCCGUCAGAGCACCGUGAACUGAAUCGUGUUCAUUACACGGAUCUGAGGUGGAGUAAUAUCACUGCCCCAGCAGCUGCCAUAAAAUCAACAACAAAAAAAAAAAAAAAAUAGAAAAAUGCUGGAAGAGUUUUGACCAUCUUCUCUCAAUCAUACCUCGACCCGAGUGUUGGCAUUUCCGGCGUUCUCCUCAUUUCCAACAGAGUCCAAAUAGUUUACAGGUGUUUCCAGCUGAAUGUGUCUGUGGUGAAUCAGGCCUGUUGGUGAUAUUUUCUUUUAUUUUAUGCUGGAGUUCAGGCAGCGUACCUAAUUAGCUGUUACUCAGAUUUUAUUUCUCGAUUUAGAUAGGGAGGUUUUGUUUUUCUUCUCGAGGAAUCCUAGAGCUUGAGAAACUGUAUUAAAUGUAGAUAUGUUGAUAACAUAAAUGCCUGAUUCUGUUUUCAUUUGUUCCCAUUAAACGAUGAACUUGGA